AUGCUAUUAAAGAGGUGCCUCCAUGAUACGGCUAGGUUGGCGGCCAGAACACGGUACACGAAACCGAAGCCUAAGCCAGCACCUAGGGAGCAUGUCAAUUUGCCUACGCAAAGGACACAUCACAGGAACGAUCUAAAGAUAACAGCACCUAUCCCACCAGCGGUGGUAAAUAUCCAAUGUUCAGACGACCAUCCAUUGUGGCAAUUCUUCGCAGAAAAGAAAUUUAUGAGGGCACCGGAGGAUUUGGACGAUAAAUCAAGACCAUGGGCAAUUGCGGAACUCAGGAGAAAAUCAUUUGAGGACCUGCAUUCGUUAUGGUAUGCAUGUUUGAAGGAGCGAAAUAUACUGGCGAGAGAGAACCAUCUUUUGAAAAACGCGGUUGGCGGACAGCAAGAUUAUUACGAGAAUGUCGCCGAGAAGAUUAGAACAACGAUGUGGCGCAUUAGACAUGUGUUAAGCGAGCGUGACUGGUCCUUCAAGUCAGCACAGCAAGAUUUUGAGUCUCAGAAAGCAACGUUUGUGCAGGAGUUUAGCGCUGAUUUCCUAGCGUUACCAUCAGAGGAGGACGAAGAGGCUUUCCAGAUGCUCUCAAGAUUUCAGCAGGCAGUGUAUGGCAUAAAUGAAUUUAUUGACGAAAAUGUUGUAAAUAGAAAUUUUGUCGAUGGAUUGAAACAUGUCGCAACGCUGAAAAUACAAAGAUUUGCAACCAGAGAUACUCUAGUUGACAAUUUUUUGGAGGGAACUAAGGAGCGAAAGAUAACAGACGCUGGUGAAGCCUUUGUCGUAUUCACGGCAGAAAAUACACUUGAGGAUGUUAAGGAAGCUUGUAAUGCCGUGAACGACUUGAGACUUAAUGGUAACGGCGUCUCCAGAUAUGACGAAUUGGAAUCUGUCUCAAAAUAUAUUGAACAACUAGCCCAAGCCCAAUUGGAAAAAUCCACAUAA